AUGAAAAAAAUUAACAACGAGCUGAACCAGGCCAAAUGCGAUCUGGAGAAGAAAUGUGAAGAUCUGGCAGCUGAGAAAGCUGCUGUGGUAUUUCAGGUGGAGGAGCUGCAGCAGCAGGUCCAUCAGAAGAGCCAAGAGGUUCAGGAUCUGCAGCAGCAGAGGGAGCAGUGCCUGGCCCUCAAGCACAGAUAUGCAGCGGCCUUUCAGCAGCUCCGGGUGGCCUGUCAGCAGCUCAAGUUUGAAAACUACACCCUGCACGAGCAGUUUGCACCUCAGGGCCUGAUUGGGGACCAGCUGAAGUAUACGGUGGCCCAAACCGGGGUGGCAGCUGACAUUGCAGAGACUGAUCUUGCUGUGACAGACACCCUGUGUAGUGGAGACAGCAUGGUGGAUCAGAAGAGACACGAGGCUCGUGAUCUUGAGGAGCAGCUGCACCAGUGCCUGACCCACCUGCAGCGCUAUGAAUGGUGCCACCCGCAGCUCCGGGCUGCCUAUGAUCGCCUCAGAGGUGAGCAGGAGGUGCUGCACAGGCAGUUGGUGCUGCAGAGCCAGCACGUGGUCCUGCUGCAGCACAGCGAGGCCCAGGCCAAGAUGGAGGCGCAGGUGAGACGUUGGUGA